UUUGUGGGGCACUGCUGUCGGCGACUCGUCGCCAUUACGGGGCUGCGGGUGAAGCUGUAAGGAAGAUGUCGCCAUGAAGGUGGCCGAGACUCCUGAGCUGCGCCGACCCCGCUGCCGGGCCAUGAGCCUGGGCUUUGGCCUCAGCCACCGCCGCCGCCUCCUUUCUUCCUCCCGCAGUAGUAGCGCCCCCGCGGCGCCCGUGGAUGCUCCGGCGUUCCCCCGCGCAAGUAGCAGCAUCGGCUCUCACCGACGACGGGAUGGACAAGAGCAACCCCUGCGGCUCCAACCUCGGCCCCGGUUCUUCGGCGGCGGGAGGCAAAGGGCAGCAGCCCCGCUCUAACUCGGCCGGACCGGCCGGGGGAGAGUCAAAGCCCAAAGGCGAUGGAAAAAAUACAAAUGGUUCCAGGCAGCGUUAUAAUCGUAAGCGAGAAACUUCAUAUCCAAAAAAUGAGAGCUUUCCCAGCCAGCCCCGUCGCUCCACUUCACAGAAAAGCAAAGCUUUUAAUAAGAUGCCCCCUCAGAGGGGAGGACAUGGCAGUGGUUGCAAACCUUUUAGUGCUUCUUUUAAUGGUGGAAGACGAGAAGAGGUAGCAGAGGCUCAACGGGCAGAGUUUAGCCCUGCCCAGUUUUCUGGUCCUAAGAAGAUUAGUCUGAACCACUUACUGAAUUUUACCUUUGAACCCCGUGGCCAUGCAAGCCACUUUGAUGGAAGUAGCCGGGGCAGCUGGGGGAGAAGGAACAAGUGGGAGAACAAACCUUUCAACAAGGAGCUCUUUCUGCAGGCCAACUGCCAGUUUGUGGUGUGUGAUGAGCAGGACUACACAAUUCACUUCACUGACCCAGAUACCUUGGUCAACUGGGACUUUGUGGAACAAGUGCGAAUCUGCAGCCAUGAAGUACCCUCCUGUCCAAUAUGCCUCUACCCACCUGCUGCAGCUAAGAUCACCCGCUGUGGGCACAUCUUCUGCUGGCCAUGUAUCUUGCACUAUCUCUCUUUGAGUGAGAAGACUUGGAGUAAGUGCCCCAUCUGUUACGGCUCUAUUCACAAGAAGGACCUCAAGAGUGUGGUUGCUCUGGAAACUCGCCAGUAUGCAGUUGGUGAUACAAUUACAAUGCAGCUGAUGCAGCGGGAGAAGGGAGCCCUGAUGGCAUUGCCAAAGUCAAAGGUGAUGCUGAAUGUGGAGCAGCCUAUUCACCUGGGAGAUAAGCAACACAGUCAAUAUUCAAAGCUCCUUCUAGCUUCCAAGGUUCAAGUGCUGCAGGAGGUAAUUGCAGAGGAGAAGGUGGCCCUCCUACAGCAGUAUGAGGAGGACAAGUACACACCUGAAGCAUGUUUCAUUGAAGCAGCCAUCCAGGAGCUGAAGGAUCGAGAGGACUCCUUGGUCUCUGGCAGAAAUAGAGAUGAUGAUGUUGCAGAGACCACAGCAGCAGUGGAAGAAUUAGUCCUGAUGGACUCCUCUGACAAAGAAGCAACAGGGGCCCUGGAGAGAAAGUGUGUUCUUGAGUAUCGUUCUGCUUUUGAUGAAGAGGUCCUGGAACCUCCUCCUGAAGAUUCUGCCAGUGCUAUCCUGCCCCCCUCUGAGACUGAAGAGGAGGCAGUGGUGGAUGAUACUGAAGAUUCUGUGGACACAGCAGGCCCAAAUGAACUGGGUGAGGCUGGUCUGCCUGAAGCUGCCUGUGAGGAAUCGCAGUUACCUUCAGUGUCCAGCAGUGGGCGCCCAAGUAGUUCUCCAUGCUACUAUUUUUACCAAGCGGAGGAUGGGCAGUGUCUGUACCUUCACCCAGUGAAUGUUCGUUGCCUUGUGCAUGAGUAUGGCAGCCUGGAGAAGAGUCCAGAGACUAUCACUGCCACUGUGGUUGAGAUAUCGGGACACUCCAUGACAGAGGAUGUUCGGCAGCGUCAUCGUUACCUGUGUCACUUGCCACUCACCUGUGAGUUCAGUAUCUGUGAACUGGCUUUGAAACCUCCUGUGAUUUCAAAGGAAACUUUGCAGAUGUUUGCAGACGACAUUGAAAAAAGAAAGCGCCUGAGACAGAAAAAAGCUCGUGAUGAGCGGCGUCGGGAACGCAGAAUUGAGUUGGAGGAAAACAAGAAGCAGGGCAGAUAUCCAGAGGUUCGUAUUGCUUUAGAGAACCUGCAGCAGUUUCCUGCCGUCAGCUCUUACUCAGAGGAACUCUGUGGCAUGGAGAACCAGAGCAGUGCUCUGCAGUCACUACACCCUGUGUCUCAACCAGAAUCUUUCAUUCCACUGUCACCUACAGCCAGCCUUGGCAGCCCCUCUCUCUGUGUUGGGAGCCCCUCUGUGUGUGUUGGGAGCCUAGAGGAAGAAUCUCCCCUCCCCUCAUUUGCUCAGAUGUUGCGGGCUGGGAAAGCUAAACCAGAAACAUGGCUGAAAACUGUCCCAAAGAAGAAAGAAGAGAACACCAGCCUGGCACCUCCUGCCCCAGGGGACAGUGAUGGGGAGAGUGAUAAUUCAGACCGAAUACCUGUGCCUAGUUUCCAGAAUUCCUUCAGUCAAGCAAUGGAAGCAGCCUUCCUAAAGCUGGACAAGCCAUCCUCUGCUAGCCACUUCUUGGAAGAGAAAAAAGGCAAGAAAAAGAAACAGAAACAAACACUGCUGUUCAGCACUUCAGUGGUUCAUACAAAAUAAUCUUGGUAAUUGACAGGUUUCUUCUCUUGGUUUCUUUUGUUUGCUUUGUGGUUUUGCUGCUGUAGAUAAGUAUUUAAGUUUCAGCUGAAUAAAGUGUUUCUGGAGCUGGGCUGUGGUGGGGAUUCAAAACAAGUGUAUGCUCACUUAAUUCACUUGUUGAUACCAAAAUAAAGUAUUGAAACUCACAACCCUUUAGCCAAUGUUUCAGGUUGUGCCAAGAUUAAUUUUAGCCUUUGUGUUGGGGGGUGGGGGCAUUACUGCCAGCAUGGUGCACUAGAGGCAAAGUUACCGAUAUUAAGCUUGUGUGGAAGAGUCUAGUGAAUACAAACAGGCUGAGUAACAUGUCUUCUUGCACCUGCUCCUCUGGAAAGAAUACAUGGGUCUGCCUCUAGAGCACACAUACAGAUUAAGACUUCUAAUAUCAAAAGAAUGGGGUGGUGGUAAAAUAGUUUGGUUGCUAAUUGUAUCUUCUGCAGUCCUUGCACAUUGAGGGGAAGGGCUUUCUGGUAAAGCAGUAAGAGGCUCAGAGCUACUGUGUUCAGUCUGGCGAGUCUGCUGUGUCUUAUGCUAUCAUAAGAGCAAGGAACAGAAUAUGAAAAGGUAACAUGGUUAAUCAGCCUGGCCCAAAGGCCAUGGACAUACUGGCCACCUUGGUGUGAUGGUGGGGUUAACUUGAUUGGCUAUUUUGGCCAUUCUUCUCUCAUUAAAAAAAUCAUUUUGCAUUGCUUGUGGCUUAAUUGGAAACUUACUAAAAGCUGUAUUGAAUACAAUGAGUUUCAUGUAUCAUACCAGCAAAGGCAAACAGUUGCAAUAAAACAUGUGAAUAACA